AUGGUGAUGCCCUAUCUUCCGUCAGAAUUGGUGGAGGAAAUACUCUCUUGGGUUCCGGCCACAUCUCUGGUAAAAUUACUAUCUACUUGCAAACAAUGGAACGCUUUACUCAAAGACCAAAGAUUCACAGAGAAGCAACUACGUAGAGCUCCAAAGCAGCCUCAAAUUCUAAUGUUGAAGGAAUAUAGGUUUUUUCCAACAAGGGUUGAUGUCAACGUUGUUCCUCCGUCUAUAGAGCUUAAAGAUGCACUAAGCCUAAAGGAUCCCCAUUCUAAUAAGCCAUCAAAACAAGUCCGUAUAGCCGAAGUUUAUCAUUGCGACGGUUUGUUGUUGUGCAUCACCAGGGACAGUGGACUUGUGGUGUGGAAUCCGUGUUUGGGGGAAACCAGGUGGAUACAACACAAGAACGGUUACAAGGUAUCGUGUAGGUUUGCUCUUGGAUACGAAAGCAACCGAUUCGACAUCCGCAGCUACAAAAUCUUGAUGUUUUUUAGAGGAAAACCAGAUGAAUUUGAAAUCUAUGAGUUCACCACUAAUACAUGGAGAGUUGUUAAUGCUCCAAGCGGCUUCAUCAGAGCAAAAUAUCAUGGCGUGUGUUUGAGAGGAAAUGCCUACUGGCUUCAUGUUGAUGAUAACGCAGAUUACCACUUCCUCCGUUUUGAUUUUACAAGAGAGAGGUUUACAAGUUUUUGUCUUCCCCAAUCUCCGAGUCGUCGUUAUAUGGCUCUAUCUGUUGUUAGAGAAAAGCAACUCUCGGUGUUAAGUUAUAAGAAAAGUGGUCACGACGUGGUGGAGAUGUGGGAGGUGGAGAUGUGGGUGACCAAUGAAAUUGAUACAAAAGCAGAAGAAGAAGAAGAGUUGUCAUGGAGAAAAUCCUUUGCAGUGGGCAAAAACCGUAUUCGUGUUAAUGGUAUUGAUUGUUACACGAGUCUUUUGAUCGACGAGGAGAAGAAAGUGGCCUUGUGUUGUAAUUUAAGUGGCCUCUGUAGUAGUAACUUGAACGUGGUAUACACUAUGGGAGAGGACGAUGAUGAAUAUUACACAGAAAUCCCUUAUAUAGAAAAACAAUGGUUGUUGUGUCACGGGGAGGAUGAAAGAGCCUGGCGGCCGUUUUUUUUCAGUUAUGUUCCAAGUUUGGUUCAAAUCCAACCAAAAUAUAUAAGCAACUGA